CAGCACGGCUUCACGUCCACUUAACCUGAGUGCGCCUCGAGCCGUCCGCCUUCCAAUAUUCAAGUCCCAUGGACACGCCCGCUUCGAGCCCUCCAGAUCUUGGAACCCUCGCUGCCGAACAGCCUCCGCCGCAGCCUGGCAGCCAACCUUCUGGGCCCUCCGCCGUCCCAUGGCUAGAGGGGGAAAGCCGGGCUCAGUGCGUGCAGAUGCGGCCACUCACAGCGCCCAAUUCAACGUCAUCCUCUGCACUCGCAGUGAUGCCAGCAGCGGCCCCAAUGGCACGGCGCAGAUCUCUGCGCGCCUGGCCAGCGAGGCAGCAUCAACGACGAGGGCCACCACCAUCGCGCCCCGGCUCCGACGGGAGGCGGACGGGCAAAGAGAGGGGCAGCAUAUGCAGAGGGAAGUCGAGGGUCCACUGGGCGUGCGCACGUAUGCAGACGCCCGUGUCAAGUCCUCUCCGCCCCUCGAGUUCAGCAGCUGUGCGGCCAUCGACACGCACAACUCACGAGCCAGUCACAAAAUCCGGAAAGCAGCAGUCAAGCGAGUCGAGUGUGCUCCGUGCCGAAGCUGGCAGCAAGCGCCCACGGUGUAACCCCAUCCCGCUCUCACGCCUCUCUCCCCGGCCGCGCAUCUGAGACCCCAUGGCAUCGCCAGCUUGCGCCUGCAGUUCCAGUUUCGUUGAGCCCGCACCGCUAAACGCGUCCGCCCCGACCCCGGAGUGGGGAAGUGCAGCCCUCCCUCUGUAGCCGCGCAAACGUGAUGCCUCACCGCUCCUCAAACCAGAACGCCAUGCCGUUCCGCGCGGAGCACGCUGUCUGCCCUGGACUAGCCCGCUUCUAGCCCUAGUUCUAGCCCAGCACGUGCCCAGGCCCACCGGCCGACGUGCCGUAUCGAUAGCCAUGGUGUUUCAGAAGCGGCUGCUGAGGUGGGCCAAUAAGAGGGCGUGCGAGGCGCUGGGGUGGUGACGAGUUGCGGAGGGAAGUCUUGCUCCACCACUGACUUAUGUUCUCAUGAUAUACGUAGAUAUGGUGGAGCAACUGAUAUCUAGAUCAUCUAUUUCUAUACAGC